CGAGAGGCUGGUUUUUCAAGUUCCUGCUCCUAGCACUCCAUGAGGGUCAAGUAGACCAGCGUUCCCCGAUUGGUGUGUCUGAAAGAAAACUGUGUCUACAAAAUGUUCUAGUCAUCAGAUUGAGAUCUGAUUCCUGCUCUGUGGCAUUCUGAAGAAUCGAUGUUCGUCAUUACUAGUGAAACUCAGCUGCCACCUGACGGGACAGCACAGCAAAGGCUUUGGCGAUCUUUUUGAGUUAGAGCAAUACUGACACUCUUGGAAUAUAAUCCCAGUGAUGUCUCUUUUCUGUGUAGCCCGGAAGAAUACCUGACCACCAUCGGCAGUUCUUCUGAGACCUUAUAAAAACUGCUCUGCCAUCAAACAACUGAGCGACUCUGGGCUGUUCAGGGGGGCUUUAAGAACUGUGCAUAUCGAGUCACCUGGAAGAUUGAACCACUGCUACUCAGAGCUGCUGCUGCAAUACCAUGUCUAAGAACUCGGAGUUGAUCAAUCUGUCAUUUUUGUUAGAUCAUGAGAAGGAAAUGAUCCUGGGAGUCCUAAAGAGAGAUGAAUAUUUGAAAAAAGUGGAAGACAAGAGAAUAAGGAAGCUGAAAAAUGAACUCUUAGAAGCAAAACGUAGAAGUGGGAAGACUCAGCAAGAAACCAGCAGAGUCUGUGUUCACUGCCAGAGAAACCUGGGCUUAAUAUUUGACCGAGGAGACCCGUGCCGGACCUGCUCACUGAGAGUGUGCAGCGAGUGUCGGGUCUCGGGCCUUGAUGGCAGCUGGAAGUGUACUAUCUGUGCCAAAGUCGCACAGCUAAGGAUUGUAACUGGUGAAUGGUUCUUUGAAGAAAAGGCAAAGCGUUUCAAGCAAGUCAAUGUUCUGGGCACUGAUGUAGUCCGACAGUCCAUCUUAAGAAGAAGUACAGGAACUGAAGAAAAACAAGGUCAAGAGCAACCCCGCCAGGACCCAGAAAAGGCAGACACUUCACCUUCUGCAGGACAAAAGGCCGGUCAUGAUGGACCCAGGAGAAAGGGAUUUCUUCUUAGCAAGUUCAGAUCAGCAACCAGAGGAGAAAUCAUAACUACGAAAACUGAAAGUGGGCGGAGCUACAGCUUGGACUUAGACAGCCAGAACUUUCGGAGUUUAAAGUCAGUCCUCUGGUUUAGACAGCGUUGCUGCAAAGUAGUACACUUUAUGGGAAGCACUGGUUCAUCAGAUCUUAAUGACCAAGAAGCUGGCCCCACAACCCCGAAGAGCACCCGGAGCAGCGGUGUGACCCCAGUCCCUCAGAGGUCACCAGCCCCAAGCACGCGCAGUGUGGCCUCAGUCAGCAUUAGAGAACAUGGUUUUGAAAAUUCCAUGGAUUUGGCUGCCAUUGAAAGCACAUAUGAGGACCUCACAAAAAGUCAUCGCAGAAACAUUUCUGGUACACCUUCCAUAGCAGUGUCUGAAAUCUCCCUCUCUUCAGAUCGGAGUCGAUCUGAGUUAGAUUUGAGUGGAUCAUUUCCAGAAGACUUAGAUAAUACUGUAAACAUAAGAAGCAAGUCUGUCCCUGGGGCUUUAGACAAAGACUUGGACUCCUUGGAAGAGACCGAGGAAGGUGUUAAUGACUUAGUGUCCUCCCGGUUUUCUGCAAACACCCACAGUCUAGCAAGUGGCCUGUCAACCAGUUCUCAAGCAGGCUCUGACAGGAAGUGGACCUACCUAAAUGUACCUGAUGCUGACUCAGACACUACCAGCCUUAACAGCAUGAUGAGUGUUUACAGUGAAACAGGAGACUAUGGCAACGUGAAGGUCAGUGGUGAAAUCCUUCUCCACAUCAGUUACUGCUACAAAACUGGCGGGCUCUACAUUUUUGUCAAGAAUUGCAGAAAUCUGGCCAUUGGAGAUGAAAAGAAACAGAGGACAGAUGCUUAUGUUAAGUCAUACCUUCUUCCUGACAAGUCCAGAAACAAUAAGCGCAAGACCAAGAUCAGAACAGGCACCAAUCCAGAAUUUAACGAAACACUAAAGUAUACCAUCAGCCAUACCCAGCUGGAAACAAGAACUCUACAACUCUCAGUCUGGCAUUAUGAUCGAUUUGGACGUAACAGCUUCCUUGGGGAGGUGGAGAUUCCUUUUGACUCAUGGAACUUUGAAAAUCCAAGUGAUGAGUGGUUUGUGCUUCAGCCCAAGGUGGAAUUUGCUGCUGACAUAGGCCUGCACUAUAAAGGAGAGCUAACAGUUUCUUUACGUUACAUCCCCCCAGAGGAGAACCUUAUGCUUCCUCUAGGACAAGUUCAAGAUGCCGGAAAGAAGACCUUCAAAAGGGGAAAGAAGAAGGAGUCACCUGUAAUCUCUGGAGGAAUACUGGAAGUGUUCAUCAAAGAGGCAAAGAAUUUGACAGCAGUGAAGUCAGGAGGCACCUCUGAUAGCUUUGUGAAGGGCUACUUGCUCCCUGAUGAUAGCAAAGCUACCAAGCACAAAACUGUGGUAAUAAAGAAGAGUGUUAACCCUCAGUGGAAUCAUACCUUCAUGUUCAGUGGCCUGAAUCCCCAGGACAUAAAGAAUGUUUGCCUUGAACUUACUGUCUGGGACAAGGAGGCCUUUUCCAGCAACAUCUUUCUGGGAGGAGUUCGUUUGAAUUCUGGAACCGGUGUGAGCCAUGGGAAGAAUGUGGAUUGGAUGGACUCUCAGGGGGAAGAGCAGCGCCUCUGGCAGAAGAUGGCCGACAAUCCUGGGAUUCCCGUAGAGGGUGUACUCAUGCUCCGGUCCAGCAUGGGGAAGUGUAGGCUCUGAAGGUACCAGUUUUCAAAGUGAGGCCCCCAGGCACUGUCUGGCUGCCAUUUCAUACCAGUAUCAGUCUUGGGACCUGGGCUUCUGCUUCACUGCCAUCUCUCACCUGAGGGUAUUGGGACCUAUGGGGAGAGAGGUCAGUGUUAUGAACAUUUAGGGUCUUGCUGAGUGUCUAAAAGAGCAGGUAUUUCUAUAUGUCCAUGGGCUAGGGCCUUUUUGAUGGGAUGAUAGAAAGUGUGCCACACUGUCCUGUCAAUAGGCAAAUUGUGCAAUGAUUCAUUGGCUUUAUACCAUAAGGGAGAUGGUACAAGCUUCUUUGAAACUACAGUUGAAAUUUGGAAUCCCUAAACUUUUUCUAUUAAUGAGUUAUUUUGCAUUUCCUAAAAUGGUUUGAGGGGUAAAGGGGCCACUCAUAAUGUAGAUCAUUUGAAGAGUAAGAAGGGGUACUGGCUACCCUUUUCUCACCCUGGAAUUCCCAUAAUCCAAAAAAAGGCAUUGUGAGUAUGGUUGCUUGGACAAGGAGAUGGCCCUGUUAUUGUAGCAAACUUAUGGAUUAACCAGGUAAAUUUUCAAGAUGAACUGACAGGUUUUUCUAUGGUGACUAUAUAAUUUAUAAUCUAAAUCAGCCCAAUUUUGAGAGUGAAAAGAACUAAAUCAUUAUACCAGAACAGUAGAUGUAAACCAGGAUUGACCUGGGAAAAUUGGGAUGUAGUGUUAUCUUAGUUAGGAGCUAGCAAUUAGAGGGCUCUAUGGUAAACAUUUAUUUUGUAAAAUAUUGUAAGCCACUAACUACAAGGGAAUAAGAACUAAUGUACAUUUUGAACCCCUGCCUGUAUCAUAUCUACUGAUAUCUCAUUGGUCAAAGGGAGUCAUAUGGCCAAGCCUAAAAUUAAGAGGCAGGGAAAUAUACUCUGCUCACAAUGAAGCCAUGGCAAGGAUGAGGAUGCGAGAAGGGAAGAAGAAUCGCAGCCAGUAGUUCAGUUCAGUCUAUUAUACCUUCUAGUACCUGGAAUUCCAUAUGCUUUGGCCACCAGGCUUAGAUGCAAAAGUAGUUAAAGCUGAAAGAUACCUCAGACCUGGUUCCUGAUUUUGCAUAUUCCAAAUCUGAAGCUCCAAGAAAGCUAAAAUGACUUAACCAAGAUCAUAUAGAAGCUAUGACUAAAUCCAGGGUGUGACUUGUAGGCCAGUAUUCUUUCCACUGUAGCCCUUGGCAUAAUCUUAUGCUUAUCAGGGUGGACAAGAGGGCAUAGAUGAAGGAAGGUGGAGCAGAGUCAGGUUAUUUCAGUAUGAAGUACCUGACUCAUUCUUCUUCUGGAGUCCUAUUCUAGCCCUUCAGCUCACUUUUUCACUCAAAUUUAUAUAAAAUCUUUGAAAGAAUAGAUACUGAAUUUUAGUGGGAAGAAAGCUAUAAUCAUCUUCAGGCUUAUUCAAACUAAUUUUUCCACAUUCUGAAUAUCUUCUUGAACUUUGAAAACUGAUCUAAGAAUAUAUUUAGCAUUAUUCUUAGGGAAUAAGCAGUCCAUUUUCAGUGUUAUUCAAAAAUAGGCUAAUUCUCAAAAAUUGAAGUUAUUGGUCUACUGUAGCUUAGUACGUAUGGAACAUUUUCUUACAAACUUACACUCAUAUACCUAUGCUGUUCUUCUUAAAAACAGAAAAUAAAAAGUGUAAGAUCAUCACGGCUUCCUAUAUUGAAAAAAUUAAUUGUCUUCAGACUUGAUCUGACUUAUUCUGUCUUCAGUGACAUUUUUAGGGCCCAUGAGAAGGUAAUGGUGGUGAAGUCUGGAGACAACUCUAAUGUAAACAAAAUGAAGUAUAUUUAUUCACUAAUAAUAAAAGUGGCAAAAUGUAUAACUUGAACUCUAGGUAAGCAUAAAAUUUAUGUGUUCAUACCUUUGCCACUUUUCGAGCAAUUAUCUGUAUUAUGGUUUCAUAAAAUCCAACAUCUAACUGGGUAUUUCCAUAAUGCAAAACCCAGGUAUGCAGAAGUCCAUCAGAAACCUGUGGUGUUGCUCUGAAAAAGAAAAGGCAAAGUGAUCUUCGGGUCACUCUGUUUUACUAAGUAUUGUGUAGAAGUACAAAUAUUUUUAAAUAUAGGAAAUAUAUGCAAAUGGCACAAAAUUCAAAUAGUUCAAAAUAGUGAAAAACUUAGGUCUGCCUUCUUCCUCUUCCAUCCCUUAUGGCUGUAGAGUAUUACAUUAUAGGGAUAUAGCUAAAUUAGUUAAGCACGCCUAUCAAACAUAUAUUAAAUAUGGUUGACUAAGCUAUCUAUGUUUGGUGGCUUUUCUGAGCAACCUUUUCUUGCAAACAUCAACACUUUGACAUUCAAAAUGAGACAUCUGUAUUAUGCAGCCAUUCCACUUUUGGGUAUCAAUCCUACAGAGAUAGAUACAGAUGUGAGAAUUGAGUACAUGCAAAAGUGCUUAUUGUAAAAGAUAGGAAACAGUCCAAUAGCCCGUCAGUAGAGGCCUUCUGUAACAUCAUACAUGCCUACCCUCUAUGUUUCAUUAGUUGCUCCCUCUCCUUCUCUGCUAAAGAUUGUUUGGUGAUAAACACUGGAUUCUUCAGUGCUUGUUCUUUCUUUCCUCCUCACUUCAUACACCCUCUCAGACAUCAUCAUUUUGGUGCCCUUGUGGUUUUAUAUGCUUAUAACUGCAAGUCACAUCUUUAACUCAGACCCUUCCUCUCAGCCCCAGAUCCAGAUCCAACUGCCUAUAUGACAUAUCCAUCAGGAUAGCUCAUGUUCUCAACAUAGUCAAGACUGAACUCUUCAUUCUACCCCUGCCCGUGUACACAUUUCUGUCCACUCCAGUACAUCCUGUCUCAGUACCUGGUACCAUCAUCUACCCAAGUCACUAUAAGUGCUAUAGUUACCACUCAAGACAGUUCACCCCAUCCUAUAUCAACAUAGAUAAAAGCACAGAGGGUGCUCUCCAUAUCACCUUCUCAGAAGAGACCAUGGCCUUGCCUGGAGUGUCCUCCUCCUUGUUUGGAGAUCUCAGCCCUUCAUUUUUCCUCAGUUGAAUCAGACAAGUUGUAAAGGGACACGGGCAAACAUUAAAGCCUGACUUUAUCCAUUCAGUUUGUCAACAGCACUUGCAGGACAUGUGGAAGAUUAUUUAUCAGCUCUCAUUUCAUUUACAUUGUCCCUGUAACUGGAAUCGAUAGGAUGUAGAUUUUCCAGGUCACACACACAAAAAAGCCAAAAACAAAGAUAUUUUGGUGGGGCUUCAUAUUUCUGGCCUUUUUUUCCUUAAUAAAGUUACAUGAAUCUA